UGUCUGAAAUCACAUCAGACUUUGAGACUGGUGUUCGUUCACUAAUUGGUUAGGGCUGGUGGUUGUAUUAGUGUGGAUCAGUUAUAUAUUUCACCUAGCAUGCACACCACUUUAUAAAAAGUUAAAUUUUCAUUUGGUUUAAAUUUGAGCCUGGGUGUCUGACCCUCUCAUAUGAUCCUAAAUUUGUGGCAUUUGAAACGACGACGUACAAAACCAGCGAAUGGUAGGAUGACAUCAUGGUGGUUUAUAUGUUGAUUGAUGUUUUAAAUGUGGUGCAUUCCACAAAAAAAAAAAAAAAUAAAUUACUGUCACAACACUAUUCAAGCUGGAUGUUCCAGAAGCCAGUUGCUUGAGUUUUGAGGGUUUGUUUUUAAAUUUCCUCAAUAAAAAUCAUGCCAGGUUUCAUUCUGUUAACAGUGAGAAGCAGGAUCCAUCUCUCUUUGAAGAUUCUUCAAAGAUUGUUUACGGUCAUUUUGACAGACACAUGUUCAACCAAUCACUUCACUUCGCUGUCACAUUGUCAUUGACUGACAUUAGGGCAUGCAGCUCAAGACAGACACACUGUCUACACAGCAGCCAUCAGGCCCAACAACAGAUCCCUGCUGGGAUCCUGGCGGGGAGAGCUUGUUAAAUGUGAGGACUUAUUGUUUUCCCAAAUUGGUCUGGGUCUCUAAUUAUCCAGUUAGUCCCCCUCUUAUGGGCUGAACUCGUCUACCCGAUCUGGAACCAGCCUCCCGUCAUCAGAUCAUGCAGUAAAACGUGGCUCAGCUCUGGCUGGUCACAUGUUCAUUGUCUCUUCCAGACAGGGCUGCUACACAGCCAUAUGUAAGUGGGAAGAGAGCCAAUCAGAGUCAAAAGUUUUUGGACUGGUUGAGUGCAAUAGAGACCUAAUUCUUGAAGAAAAGGCCCAGAGGGAUCAAUUGCAGAUACACAUCUAAAUCUGGAGACAGACAACACUCAAACAAAUAUGUCCUAAUCUAAUGAGAAUGGAUGAAGGGGCUUGGGUCCUUGAGAUGGAGCAAACUGGUGGAUCUGCAAUAGUUUGAAAGUCUUAAGUUCAUGAGGGAUUUUGCCUUAUAGGUAUUCUCUAGGGUUUUACAGUAAUGUAGAACUGAUGAUCACCAAGGGAAUUUUAGGACAUUAUUUUUCAUAUUAAAACUUAAACAGAGUAGUAGACUGGUAAAAAUGAGCUUUUAUUUUGAAACAAACCCCUACAGAAAAAAAUUGUGAUGAACAUUUGUGAUACAGCGUAGAUAAAACUAUUUUUUCAGGACUUUUUCCACUUUUUAAAUUCUCUUUAAACAAAUGAAAGAUCACGUGGCUCAUCUUAAAACUGGGGUGACAUUGCCUUUUGUCUCCCCUGCCCCUCCUAACUCACACCCUCAGUCUGCUUACUGCCCCCUUUUUUGUCUGCAGCCAUUACACAAAAAAAAAAGCUGUUGUCUCCAAACACACCGUCUCUAUGCCCUUUGAUAGGUAGUUGAUAACAGACUAGCAGACUGAUGGGGCUGGCUGACUGCUGUAUAUAAGGAAAGGUGCAUCAGCAGCGAAGUCACACCAAAGUCCGACAACCUCUCUGAAAGCUCACCUUUUAGGAGUUUACCAACAACUAUCAGUAUGAUGUUCUUCAUUGUGCCUCUUGUAGCUGUGGCAUCUCCAUUACUGGCGUUUGACAUGAGUCAGUCCACUCGUUGCGUUGCCAUCCCCAACCAGAUGAAAGUCUGCAAGGAUGUUGGAUACUCUGAGAUGCGCCUGCCUAACUUUUUAGGACACAGCAACCUAGGAGAAGUGGUUCUACGUUCAGAGGACUGGAAAGACUUGUUGCAAACAGGCUGCCACCCUCAAGCACAAGUCUUCCUCUGCUCCAUUAUUGCACCCAUCUGUCUUGACACUUUUAUCCAGCCUUGUCGCAGUCUGUGUGUGGCAGUAAGGGACAGCUGUGCCCCAGUGCUGGACUGCCAGGGACAUCCUUGGCCUGAGGCGUUUGACUGUGACCGUUUCCCUGCUGAGGAAGACAUGUGUCUAACCCCCCAUGGAAAAUUCAAUUACUUUCUUAAAGAUUUACCCAAACCAGUGUGUCAAAACUGUCCAUCUGUGGAAACGUCCCCACCCAUGAAAACAGUCCUGAGUGCCUUUUGUCAUUAUGAUUUUGCUGUGACGGCCAAACUCCAUCGUCUCCGUCACUCCACCGGAGAGCCAGAGUUCAAGGUGGAGGGCCGAGUUGAGUUUAUCCGCCAGGGUCCACUGCUGCCUUAUGACACCCAGCACCUGUUGCGGGAGUGGCUCCUCAUCAACCUCCAGUGUGCCAGCUCCUUGGUGCGCCCGGGCCGCUCGCAGCUUUACGUUCUGACAGGCUCUGUGAAGCCCAACGGAGCUGUGGCACUCACCCAUCUCUUUCCCUGGCACAAAAAGGACUCCGGCAUUGCAUUAGCCACUCGUAGGUGGAAACACCACCGAUGUUAAGAAGGAACUACUCUGAAUUUUGUUCUCUUAUUCAUAUGGGAUAGCUUAAUUCAUGUGAUGCACUCAAACCUGUAAAUAAUAUCAAUAGAAUGUUAAUUAAAUAUAUUUAACAUCUU